AUGGUGACCACGCACCCGAGUUUGGGGACGCGGAGGGAUGCGUGCGUGUCCCGCCGACAGGCGCUCACUACACGCCAGCACGAAGGGGGACAACAGGGGCCUGAGCCCCGGCUGCACGCGCGCCUCGCCGGCCGCCCACACCUAACGGCGGGUCCACACGAGGCUCCGCCGCCCGCCGGGAACUCAGACUCUCACCGAAACCACCGAAACCAAUGCAACGUCGAGGGUCAACUGGCCGAGCGCCCAAAACACUGGCCACGGAGGGAGCGGCGGGCGGGCGGGGCCGGGCUUUCACGUCAGCGGGACACGCGGGGCGGGACGGGACGCGAGUGGGGCCGGGUCGCAACUGCGCUCCCCCCUCGACCAGCCACCGGCUUCCUCAGAGCCCGGGCGGCACGAACCCCCACGGCCCGGAGGCGCCCGCCCCCUGCUGCUCGGGACGCAGGGAGCCACUCACAGGAGCCGGCACGACGCGGGCCGUCCCGCGAGGAGAGCGGCGCGCGGGCUCCUCCGGGAACCGCCGCCCGCAGCAGCGCCGCCGGCCCGCGCCAGGGGGCGCAACGCACCGGCCGCCGGUCCCUCCGCCGGGAAAGCCGUCGCGGCCGCGCGCGGCCGUCCUUCCGCUGCGACGGGGCUUCGCGCCACCUCGGGGAGCCGCGGGCGCCCGGGCGGACUAGGCGGCGGGCCCCGCGGUGCCCUCCGUGCGGGCAGCGCCCCGCGCGCCCUCGCCCGCCAGCCCCUCAGCGGCGUCCCCGCGCCGCGCGCUCUCGCGAGACUCCCCCGCGCAGCCCGCUCCCGGCCCAGCCGCUCGGGCCCGAAAGCGCGAGCCGGGCCCCGCGGCGCAUGCGUGGCUGCGGCUCCCAGCGCCCCCCGCGCAGUCCCGGGGCCGAGCAGACGGGGCCGCGCGCGGGGAGCCGGCGGCCGCCCCCUGCGAGGCCUGGCUCGGUCCCCGCGGCCGCUGUCCGCUCAGGGACGGGCCCGCUCGGCGGCCUUUCUCGGCCUGCGGAGCCUCUUGAGGACGCACGGCCGCCUCGGGCCGCAGGAGCCUGGCCUGGCCGGGGACCCCGCCCCGCCGGGGCCUCGAACCCGCGCUGGCGCGGCCUGCACGUCCCGCCGCUCCGCUGGGCGCCGCCUCCCCGCGCCGGGCCGGGCCCUGACACACCCGCCCCCGCCCGUCCGGCCCGCAGCCUCGCCGUGUCCGACCUGGCACGAGCGGAGAUGCGCCCUGGGUGGCCACGGCGCGGGGGGACACCCUGUUCGGGGAGGAGGCGGUUUGGGGACCCCGCGGGGCGCAGUCGCCGUUUCAGGGGCCGAGGGCAGAUCUGA